UAGAGGCUGGUACCCCGCCUGGUAGAGAUGCCACACUCGCUCCGCGGCUCGCAUGGCGCUCUGAAGACGCCGGCGCCCGCCGCCUUGAGGAGCCACUGCCCCCGCUCCCUGAAGAUGGGGGAACAAUGAAAUAAGCGAGAAGAUUCCUCUUCUCCCCCCUCUCUCUCUUGCCCCCUCCCCCCCUCCCCUCCCCUCUCCCCUUGACUCCUCUCCGAGGCACCAUGCUGACCCGCCUGUUCAGCGAGCCCGGCCUCCUCUCGGACGUGCCCAAGUUCGCCAGCUGGGGCGACGGCGACGACGACGAACCCAGGAGCGACAAGGGCGACGCGCCGCCGCAGCCGCCGCCCGCGCCGGGGCCGGGGGCUCCGGGGCCCGCCCGGGCCGCCAAGCCAGUACCACUCCGUGGAGAAGAGGUACCAGAGGCCACGUUGGCCGAGGUCAAGGAGGAAGGCGAACUGGGGUGCGAGGAGGAAGAAGAAGAGGAAGAGGAGGAAGGGCUGGACGAGGCGGAAGGAGAGCGGCCCAAGAAGCGCGGCCCCAAGAAACGCAAGAUGACCAAGGCGCGCCUGGAGCGCUCCAAGCUGCGGCGGCAGAAGGCAAACGCGCGGGAGCGCAACCGCAUGCACGACCUGAACGCAGCGCUGGACAACCUGCGCAAGGUGGUGCCCUGUUACUCCAAGACGCAGAAGCUGUCCAAGAUCGAGACCCUGCGCCUAGCCAAGAACUACAUCUGGGCGCUCUCGGAGAUCCUGCGCUCCGGAAAGCGGCCCGAUCUGGUGUCCUACGUGCAGACUCUGUGCAAGGGUCUGUCGCAGCCCACCACCAAUCUGGUGGCCGGCUGUCUGCAGCUCAACUCCCGCAACUUCCUCACCGAGCAGGGCGCGGACGGCGCAGGCCGCUUCCACGGCUCGGGAGGCCCGUUUGCAAUGCACCCCUACCCGUACCCGUGCUCGCGCUUGGCGGGCGCACAGUGCCAGGCAGCCGGCGGCCUGGGCGGCGGCGCGGCGCACGCCCUUCGGACCCACGGCUACUGCGCCGCCUACGAGACGCUGUAUGCGGCGGCAGGCGGUGGCGGCGCGAGUCCGGACUACAACAGCUCCGAGUACGAGGGUCCGCUCAGCCCCCCGCUCUGUCUCAAUGGCAACUUCUCCCUCAAGCAGGACUCGUCUCCUGACCACGAGAAGAGCUACCACUACUCUAUGCACUACUCGGCGCUGCCCGGCUCGCGGCCCACCGGCCACGGGCUGGUCUUCGGCUCGUCGGCUGUGCGCGGGGGCGUCCACUCCGAGAAUCUCUUGUCUUACGAUAUGCACCUUCACCACGACCGGGGCCCCAUGUACGAGGAGCUCAAUGCGUUUUUCCAUAACUGAGAUCUCGUGCCGACCCCUCUAUUUUUCUUUUGCCUUUGCCAGCCCCCGUACCCCCAGCCCCCCGAGCGCAGGAACAUCCCUACCUACUCCGGCGCUGGGCGCGGGGAGCGGGCCGCCGGUUCUGCCACUCUCCUGGGCAGCGCGGUCUCUUACCUGUGGGUGGCCCGUCUCAGGGGCCUCUAUUCCCCCAGGGGACUAGCCUUCUCUCUCCCUAAGGGGCUCCCUCCUCCUCUCUCCCAGGGAGUGCUUCUCUAGGGACCUCUUUCUGGGCACUCCCUGGAGACAUCCCCCAUUCCCAAUACCUUCACUUAGGUUUUCUCCUCCUCCUCCUCCUCCUCUCUGAAGGCCCAAAGGUGUUGGUAAGGGGAGAGUUGAGCUGCGGGAUGCGGUUUUUCCCCUCAUUAUUAUUUUAAAAAUAGACACCGAGCUGCCAAGGUCGAAAGGAGCUGGGUGCACCCUCUCUUGAAGAGGGCAGAAGUUAGGGCGCCCAAGCCCUGGUCUCGACUGCCUUCACCCCCAACCCCUAGUCUCCGCGUUUUGCAUUUUUAAUUUUGGCGGGAGGGGAUGUGGAUUGAGAGGAAAGAGAGGCCAAGCCAGUUUGUAACUAGAACCCAUUUUUCCCUUUUCCUUUUUUUAAACAAACAAACAUACAAAAAAAAAAAAAAAAGCUAAGAGGCGACGGAGGCCGAACGCAGAGUCCAGAUCGGAGAGAAAACGCAGUAAGAACUUUUAGAAGCAAUAAAAGGCAAAAAAAAUAAAUAAUAAUAAUAAUAAUAACUACUACUACAAAUAAAAAAAGACACAAAUAUCUAUGCAAGGAGGUUCUGACUGAGCCUAGCGGCCCGGCCCGGCCCGGGAUGCCCCUCCCGGUCCGCUGGCCGCCCCGCCCAAGCGCGGAUCUGUGCACUUUGGUGAAGUGGGGGCCUGCGCCGCCCCCUCCCCCUCCCCAGGUUCUUACAAUCAGUGACUCGGAGAUUUGGGGCCCCAGUGCCACUGCCCUCCCCUGCCCCGUCCCCGUUGUGCGUCAUACUGUUUUUUAAAAACCUGUUUCCAAAUUUGUAUGGAAUGGCAAACUGUUGGGGGGUCGGUUUGGGGAGGGAGGGUUUGCAUGAGAGACACACACACGCACACCACACCGCACGCACACGUAGGCCCCGCGCGGGCGUCGGGGGGACAGAAGGAGGUGAGCUUGCUGGCUCCUCCUUCCCGCAGGCACUUCCGUCCCCUCUGGAGGUGAGGCAGAGGGGACGAAGACCAGGGGGCGGCCCCGCCCUUGCCCGGACUGUGCCUCAGUGGGAGCCAGGCGCCCGGCGAUUUACGGUGGCUGGAGAAGGGUUUUUUGUCCUAGGCAUCCUCCUGGCUUUUGCCAGAGAGUGGGUGGAGAGGGCGAAGGGCUCCUUCUGGAGCUUCCCCGCAAAAAGGACAAAAGGUGAACCUCUCCCCACCAGAAACAGGGGAUCUGGCACCCAAACACAAGAUGCAAAAAUGCAAACCCACAGGCGACACACCCACACAACUCACCCCCACACACGCAAUUUUACCUUCCUCUUGUAGUGAAGAUGAAACUCCCGUCGGACACCCGAAGUGCAUUGCGUGUUUCUGUUCAGUUUAAUGACGAUUAAUAAAUAUUUAUGUAAAUGAGAUGCAAAG